AUGUCGACCGUGCCCAGCGCGCUUGCCGGCCACCCUAUCGCCAUCCGCGUGGGCGGCCGCCGCACCAGCCACAGCGGCGCCAACCCGCUGCGCUCGCCGUCGAGCAGCAAGGCUAGCACGUCGCCCGAGUCGCCCACGACGGCAUUCACGGCGCCCGUGCCCGCCACGGCCGCCACGGCGCCGGGCGACGACUACCCGCGUCCCACGUCGGCCAGCGCCGAUGCGCCGGCGGUGCUGCAGACGCAGCACGACGCCGAGGCGGGCUACGAGCAGCGCGACGAGGAGAAUGCGCGCGAGGGCAAGAAGAAGGGCCUCAAGCACGACCAGGCGCGCAACCUGCAGAAGGAGCACGGCGUGCACGCGCCCGUGCGCAAGAGCAACUUCGCCAGCUCGAGCAAGCACAUGAUCCAGCAGCCGGCGCAGAAGCAGAUGAUCUAG